UGUUAACCGAGUCCGCUAAUCCCAGUCUGCUUCGGCGUCUGGCGUCUACCUACUAAGUUUCCGUUCUUUGUCGUAUGUUGUGAGCUGUCAUGCUUGCACACGAUGUCCACAGGGAGUCCAAAAUCCUUCCACCACCCAGGUGCAAUGCUCGCCAUAUCGGCUCACGUAACAAGAUAAUGGACACCUAUGUAUCCAAGCAUCUACAGUCUUGCGGACAAGAACAGCCCUCAAUUGCACCCGUCACAGUCUCUGAUCAUAAAAGAGGAUUACAAUUAUAUGUAGCGCCAAAAGGUGGCGAGGACUCUUGUGGACAACCUCGGGUCCACCCGUCUAGUUAUCGUGCAGCUAUGGCCCAUUCCCAAAGUGCUAAAUCACACCAUGGCGUGAUUCCGCCUCGAUUUCGGAUGCAGCCUGCAGCAUCGAUGGGUAAGCCAAAUCCAAGCCUUGACCAUUCAACCUUCCCCAAACAGCUGUGUAAUCCUGUGACUUCUCCUUGUGGAGGAAUACCUCACACGGAUCCUUUCAUUGUUGACUCGCCAUCGUUGACUCACCAGAAUCCACAUUCGCCUGGACUUAUUUUAGAUAUAAAGGCUGCGCUGUCCGCCCAGGGCAUUCACAUAGGCCAACCGAAUACCUCACACCCGCAACCUCCUACUGAACCUCAUCCUCACAUUGAUCAACAUAUGUUACAAACACUACCAACUGCGGCAGCACCUAUGUCUCGUCACGACACCCUCCGACCGCUUGGAGUCACGUCAGGCGACCAUAUGCAAACACUGAGUACACCAUCUGAAUCACCCAAGCGACCCCCAGGUUUGCAGUCGCCUGUUGGCCGAGGUGUUGCAUUACCUGUAGCGUCAAUUCACGUCAGCCUUCCUCCACCUUCCAAGGCGAAUGAAAGGACUCGUAAAGAAGACGCUCGUGAAGCAUCCAGACUUGAGACUUCAGUCGCAGAUCUUGAACCCAUCACAAUUAAACCACAAACCCCCCAACCUCCGAUAUCACCAAUUGCUUUGAGUAGCGUCAAGCUGCCAUCUGUCUGUGGGGGAUUACGACCGUCGAGUCCGUCUCCGUCCCUUGAAGAAUCGAGUGCGCCAAUGCCAUUGAGUUCUGCUACGGAUACGAGAAGUUCGUCAACUUCGAGGAAGGAUGAAAUGUGCAGGAAAUGGUUCAUUCGUAUCUGUGACCGCGGCAGGUGGUGCCCCUAUGCUCAUAGAAUAAUACCGACCAAUCUCACCUGCAAGCGUUGGCUAAACGGGGAGUGCUCUCGGCGGUCGUGUCCUUUUGCCCAUGAGCAUCAGAGUUCCGACGGUCCCGUCAGUCAUCAACUACCUGUUCGAAACGGUGAUAUUCGAGACGUCGUGCAAGUUCCUGAUGGUCCCAUAAGGGGUCAACCACCUGUUCGAACUUGUAAUACUCUUGACGGCAUGCAAGGUUCCGACUGUCUCCCAAAAGAUCAACAUCCUGUUCCCAAUGUCAACACUCAAGACAGCAUGCAAGGUCCCGCUAUUGAUCAACCACCUGUUCGAACUUGCAACACUCGAGACGGCAUACAAAGUCAUGACCGCCCCCUUAAAGAUAAAGUACUUCUUCGAACCGGGAAUGCACGAGAUGGCGUGCAAGUUCCUGCCGAUCCCGUUAAACAUCGACUGCUUGUUCGAAACGACAACACUCGUGCCCAAGUUCCCGAUCAUCCCAUGAAUGAUCAACCACUCAAUCGAAAUAGCAAAACUCGAGAGGGCGUCCAAGCGUCCGAAGGUUCUGUUAAGAAUCAAGCACUUGUUCGAAACGGCGUUGCUCGAGGCACACAUCAAGACUCAACUCACUCUCCAUCUUCUGGCACAUCCGGCUCCGUUAUGACACAAGUUAUACCCUCUCAAACAAAAUCCCGUGGGUCGGAACAACAGUCUCAGGCGGCUUCGACUAAUACCACACAAGAAUACACUGGGCAUAAGACAUCCAGCAACGCCGAUGGUUGCCAACCGAAGCAAGUUUGUCUUGAUUGGUUGCACGGUCGGUGCCGGCGUCCCGCCUGUCGUUAUCCGCACGAACAUCCCAAUGAUAACAUAUCCCAAACGAAUGCUCCGUCACCCGUUCGGAAUACUCGUGUCGAUGACGUACCAGUGUCUGGUAACUCCCUAUCACGACCCCCACCGUCCAGUCUGCCGCCUACCACACGUCGAAACGAGGAUCUUGUCAUACCCGUGACAAUUGCGGAUCAUAUCACACUGAAAUUACGUAGCGGUUUCGAUAUACAGGACGUGACCACUGGAUUCGAAACUCGGUGGGUACACCUUGGAGACGUGUCACCGGACGUUAAGGAAUCCCAACUCCGCACCCUUUUGGAGGCAUACCAAGUCGAUGAAUUAUGUAUUCCGGACGGAAAGGGUGCCAAACGGUUGACCGUCAAAGUGCAGUUUGCCACCGCAGCACAAGCCAUGGAGGCUUCGAUAGCUCUUCAUGGACGGCAAUUCCAGGGCAGGAAACUCACUGCGAAGUUGUCUUUGAACACCACAGUACGUGGUACCACAGUGCUUAAGGACACUGCCGUCCGUAUUACCUGGAAUGCGCCCCAGCGCGUUGGGUACGCAGGGUACGCAACCCUUGAUGAGGCCAGGGCUGCGAUUGCAGCCGCCGCUGGAUUGGUGAUGAAGGACAACAUUCUCACAGCCGUCUUGUACGAAGGAUUACCCGCAGUUGGCGUUUACAGCGUCAUGUUUUCUCACCUUCCUCCUGAUGCAGAGAGAAAGGAUUUGGAGCAGUUUGGCAAGGCAGAGUCCAUCGUGUUCGAACGCCCCAAUUAUCAGCCACUUGAAAGUGCUCGCCAUGCAGUACAUCGAAUGCUACGCAAUUGCGGUAAUCUCACCAAUUUCGAUAUAAUUCUUCCUAUCUGGAACGGCACCGUACUCGCCUGGGCAACCUUUGAAACCCAUGCGGACGCCAGUAAUGCCAGGGAUCAUCUGGACGGACAAAAUCCUCGUGCGAUGGGAGGAAGAAUUUACCUCUCUGCUCGUCAUGUGCAGUCUCUCAACUUCUCGUUGCCGUUGAGCAAGUUCAAGAUACUGGAAGGAGAAAUUACUAGCCUUCGGUGGUCGUGGCGAACAAGGUUCAACCAUGACGUGACUCUUGUUGACCGCCUCGUGCAGCCUGAUGGACCUGUCCACAUCAAGAUUUCGGCCUCAAAAGCGAACAAUCUUGGGAUUGCAAAAGCAGAAUUCGAACAGCUCCAACAUGGUGAAGUCGUGACUCUCCAGAAGAAACCCAUAUGGGACAGAUUCUUCUCUCAUCCCUCCGGCCAGUCGUUCCUCCGUGAGGUAGAGAGCCGAUAUCCUGGAAUUGGACUACGCACUCGGAUGGGGAAAAUCCUGCUUCUGGGCCCAAUCAAACAGCGUCAGCUUGCUCGGCGAGAUAUCAUGAUGCGGUUUCAAGAAUUACAGGCGCGACAAUGGUGGCGCAUCCCUCUAUCAGGCAAGGUAGUGGGUCCAUUUGUUGGCACAGACCUCUUGACUCUGCAGAAAACCCUUGGCCCUGAGAAUUGCUACGUUCAUCACCUCCCGAAUCAGCGCAAUCUUGUCGUGCGAGGCAACGAGCAGGCUUACCGCAUUGCCUGUGAAGCAAUAGAGAAGGUACAAAGCCGUUACACAGACAGCUUCACGCAAUCCCCCCAAUCUGUCUGUCCUGUUUGCUUUACUGAAGCAUCAGUCCCAACCAUUCUCACCUGCGGACAUAGUUGGUGCACGUCUUGCCUCGAGAGUUACCUCGUGUCCGCAGUCGAGAACAAGGCGUUCCCUCUCACCUGCCUUGGUGAUGAUGCAUCAUGCACCGAACGCAUCUCAGCCGUCCUCGCCCAAAAAAUCCUAUCUGGUGAGGAUUUCGCUGCCCUGUGUGAAGCGUCAUUUUGGUCAUAUGUUCACGCACGGUCGGACGAGUUCCACCACUGCCCAACACCGGACUGCGCUCAAGUAUAUCGUACAGUUCCUGGCGACGUAAUUCUCCAAUGCCCCUCUUGUUUAGUUCGCAUCUGUUCUGGUUGCAAUUCGGAGGCUCAUGAUGGGUUCACCUGCGAAGAGCGUGACCAGGCAGAGGACAAGCUGUACCAUGAAUGGGCAGCCACUCAUGAUGUCAAAAAUUGCCCUGGCUGCAAGACUCCUAUAGAGCGCAGCGAAGGUUGCAACCACAUGACCUGCGUUAGAUGCCAAACACAUAUCUGCUGGGAAUGUCUAGCAACGUUCCCCAAGGGAGAUGGUAUCUACGAACACAUGCGAGAACAGCAUGGUAGCAUCGGGCUAGAAUUUCUGUGAUCAUCCAUUCGUUGACAUGUUCUUCCUCUCUUUUUUCCAUCUUAUUUUAUGCCUGUUCUCAAGGUUUGCUUCACUUUCCAUUUAUUCCACCAUCUGUGCACUGUGACUUGUACCUGUGACUU